CAUGUUGAAUCUAUUAUUGGUGUCAUUAAAAAACAUGUUGAUCAUAGAACCUUAUUAAAAGAAUUAGUCACUGUUAUUGAACAAGAGUUAGAAAAGGAAGCACAAUAUACUAGAAUUAAGGAUUAUUAUGGCUCUAAUCUAUCUGUUGGUCUUAUAUCAACUUACAAUACUAUAUUCAAAGAUGUUAAUUCUGUAUUAAGUGCUAAUUUAAAUCAUGUUAACAAGAAAGUUCAAUUUGGCACUAUGAUAUCUUUGGCUAAAACCAGCACUCAAAUUGUGGUAUCUGAAGAUGUUACUGAAGAACUAACUGAUACAUUAUCAUUAUCAAACAUUAUGCUACAAGAGUCUUCUGUUGCAGCCAUAGUCAUAGAAUCUACACCCAAUCUUGUGCCAGCAUUUUCUACUACUACUCAAAUAACACAACAACCUUUAGAAAAUCUUUCUGUAGUAUCUAACCCGGAGUACUAUAAGCCAAAAG